AUGAGCUCGUCCGGGGGCGCCGGGCCCUCGGCCCCCAGCACCGGCAGCCUGCCGGGGGCCGAGGAGGAGCGGGCGGCGGUGGCGGCCAUCGCCCUGCAGCCCCUGUACGGCUUGGUGGGCCUGGUGGGCCUGUCCGGCAACGGGCUGGUCAUCUUCGUCCUGCUGCGCCGCGCCGCCCCGCGCCCGGCCGCGAGCACCUACCUGCUGAACCUGGCGGUGGCCGACACGCUGUUCCUGCUCAGCCUGCCCUUCGUGUCCGCCGCCGCCGCCCUGCGCCGCUGGCCCUUCGGGCCGGCCCUGUGCCGGGCCGUGCUGGGCGCCGCCGGGCUGGCCAUGUUCGCCAGCGUCUUCGGCCUGGCGGCGCUCAGCGUGGACCGCUACCUGGCCGUGGCCCACCCGCCCCGGGCCGGAGGCCGCAGCCCCCGCCAGGCCCGCCUGGUCAGCGCCGGCGUGUGGCUGGCCGCCCUGCUGGCCUGCUCGCCCCUGGCCGCCUUCCCCGGCCCGGAGGCCUGCGGGCUGCACGGGCCCCGGCCGGCCCGCUCGGCCGCCUCGGUCCUCUACACCUUCUCCCUGGGCUUCGUGCUGCCCGCCCUGGCCGUCGGCCUGUGCCACCUGGGGAUCGUGGGCCAGGUGCGGGCCGCGGCGCUGCGGGCCGGCUGGCGGGGCCGCCGCUCCGAGGGCCGGCUGACAAGGCUGGUGCUGGCCGUCGGGGCCGUCUUCGUCCUCUGCUGGCUGCCCUUCUACGUGGUGCAGCUGGCCGGCCUGCUGGGACCCCGGCUGGGCGCCGCGCCGGCCCACGUGGCGCUGCUGCUCAGCUAUGCCCACAGCUGUGCCAACCCCAUCCUGUACAGCCUCCUCUCCGCCCGCUUCCGCCGCUCCUGCCAGGGGGCAUUCGCCCACCGCCCCUGCUGCUGCCGCUCCCGCUCCCACUCCGGGCACCCCCAUGAAGCGGUGGCGGAUGAGCGGGGAAUGGCUGAGAAGGAGGAGGAGGAGGAGCCCCUGGACUACUACAUCAACGCCCUGAAGGGCAAAGCCGAGCCGGGCCCGACCCCACCGCUGCCACGCCAGCCCGAGGAUCCGGAGCCCGGCGGCGGGCCUGGCACCCUCACUAGCACCACCGCUUUCUAGGCAAGACCCUACCCUCCAGGGCUGACACCUGGAUCCUCUCCCCACAACAGACCGAGGUCUGUCCACCCACGGCGGGCCUGGCACCCUCAGCAGCACCACCGCCUUCUAGGCAAGACCCUACCCUUCAGGACCGACACCUGAAUCUUCUCCCUCGGACAGACACAGACCCUCCCACCAGCCCCAUCCCCUGAGCCCUUUCCUCGGCGUCUCUGCCAGCCGCCAAGAACAGCACAGAGACCUGGCCUCCCUCCCUCUCCCCCAGCUCUUCCUCCAUCCUCCCCAGAACUGUAGGCAGCCCCCGGAAUGCCUUUCCCAGAGGGAAGAUCAAUCAAUAUCUGUUGAGUGUGCCGAGCACUGAACUGAGUCCUUGAAGAACUGGGGAUUUGAGGCCUGUUCGGGAGAAAGGGGGUCUCUCUUUGCUGCUACUCCUCCUUUGUCCUGAAAAUUCCAGCGGGGCUGGGUCUGUAGUCCUGGUAAACCCGCAGGGCAGACACCGAGGGCCUGGAGGCAGACCCUUUCCCUCGAGUUACCCUUGGGAAUGGAAGUGGUGGCCAAGAGAAUAGGCAGGCAUGACCCUGCCAAAUGCUUGGGCUUUUCCGUGGAGCUACAUUUCACCACAGUCAUGCUCUCCUCCAUGGUCUAGCCCUGCGGCUCAUUUGUAGAUUAAGGUUUGUCUGCAGCCCACGGGUCCGGGAUCAGAUUUCUGGGGUUGGGGAAAGGAGGUUGCAGCGGUCACCCAGGAACAAACCUCUCCCAGCUGUGGUCCUCCUCGGGGAAGUGGCCAUCUACUCCAGGUAUCCGCUUCUCCUGCUAAAGCGAAGAGGUCUGGGGGCUGAGGAGAUGCAUGUGUACCGUGUUCUGCACAUAGUAAAUACUCAGUAAAUACCAUUGAGUGAUUGUGCCCAUCCCCUAGUACACUACUCUGCACAUAACAACCACCCCGGCUCUGCAGAGAGUAGACCCAGGAUGAUGAUGAUGAUGACGAUGGUGUGAGUGGAGGAUGAGCCAGAAAGGGAAAAUCGAAACUGUUUCCAGGAAAGAAAUGAUCCUCCAAAGUGAGACAGGAUUUUCAGUAAGCCCCCAAAACACCAUUAUGGUGCAAGUGGCAAGCCAGGAUUUCAGCCAGCUUGGACUAAGGGAGACUCUCCCACACUGGGCCCGUUGGAAACACUGUGGACGCCAAUCAAUCAAUGGUAAUUACUGAGUGCUUACUGGAUGCAUAGCACUAUACUAAGUACUUAGGAGACUGCAAUUCAGUAGAAUUGGUUGACAUGGCCCCUGCCCACAGGGAGCUUACAGUCUAGAGGGAAAAGUUUUGAAGUCCCCUUGGCCACCGGCCCCAUAGGCAAGCCCUGAACCUAUGGACCUACGAGGGCUCACUGUUAGCCGAAAGGUUGCCAAAAGCACCGCACCAUGGCUCGAGAUGGCAUCAUGGCCUGGUCUCCUGAAGGACUAGGCAGAGGGGAGCCAAGGAAGGAUGAGUCUCCACUCUGCCAAAUCAA